CUUCGAGCCGCCGGCGUGCCGGACGGUAUCUCCGGGACAGAACUCCCGGCGAUCUGACCAAGCAGAUACAGACAUUGCCUUCGUGCGCACUGGAGCGGUUGCACUUGCGCACAGUAAAUGAGAGUGACGUUAAGAUGCUGUCAGAAUGCACUACCCCGCUAGACUCUAUCUUGAACCCGAGCGUUCGACAGAGGAGCCUGCGCAGCCUAGCGAGCAACCCAAGCAGCAUUGGCAGCAUUUCUUGCUGCUUGGAUAAGCUGGGCAACACCUCGUGCUGUGUGGUUGGACCUAACGCCAAUGUUUCUGGAUCUGAAAAGGGCGCAGCAACUGAUACUACCUGCAAAUGUUCCAGAUCUGAGCACAAAUCAUGCUGUAGCAACGACUGCGCCGAUGAAUUGCUUGUCGACCCCACUCUAAAGGGUUGCAUUGCCACGUGCAUUGUGUGCAUUGACGACUUUGUUGUUGGAUCCAAAAUGCGCAUCCUCCCGUGCGGCCACAACUACCACAUCGAGUGUAUUGACCCGUGGCUGACUUCAAAGUCGUCUUUGUGCCCACUGUGCAAGUAUGACACUCGCAGCGUACUUACUGACCUGGAGCGCUCCCACUCAGGGCCGCGGAUUCAAGCCGACCUGGGCGGCUUUGAAGACAUACUAGGCGGCUCGAAUUACAGUGAGUCCGAUGACAACUCGAGCUACCUGGCCGAGAGCCGAUCACGCCUGCCAAUUGCUAACAUGGCCAGACUGUUUUGUGAUGUUGCCCACUAUGGUGUGACCACACCAGUGCGUGCAUUAGUCAGGAGACUGUCGCGCAACCCUGCGACAAGAGCUACACUCGAUAUUGAAAUGCCCAUGGAUUCUCAGCGGUUGGGCAGGCAGUCCCGCCGUGAAUAUCACCCAUUUGAGGACAACAAUGCGGUCUUCACAGCGUCAAUCCCUGUCGCAUGUGUGAUAGACAUUGAAGGUGAUGACACAGCAGAUAGGAGGUGGAAGUCCGGGUAUUCCGGGUAUUCCAGCGGUAGAAGCAACUUUAUGAUCGAGGUCAAAACCAACGACCCAAUUCUCUUCCCAGAGCCCUUGGCUGCCAAAAACAGCACACAGGGCGACAAUGCCAAUAACGAAAAGGCCUCUGAGCAGUCCUGGAUAAACAUCGACGAUAUUUCCCUAAGCACCAGCAAGACCAAAAAGUAGUGGUGAGAGUUUGAUUUUAAGAUUUUU